GCCCGAAUCACGUGGACCCGAGUCACAUGGCCAAGGGAGGAAAAAGGGGGUCCUUUUUGGUGUAAAUCUGGAGUCUAAUUCCGUAAUAUAUCACGGUACCUCGUAAAACCGACACUAAAACGUCCCGGCCUACAAAUCACCCGGCCAGAUUAUGAGUUCAUUGUAUUAUGCGAAUGCUUUAUUUUCUAAAUAUCAGGCCGCAAAUUCGGUUUUCCCCUCCGGAGUGUUUCCUGAGCAAACUUCUUGCGCAUUCGCUUCCAAUGCCCAGCGCAACGGGUAUGGCUCGAGUUCCACGGCCUCUUUCGCUGCUUCCAUGCCUGGUCUGUACCCCAACGGGGGAGGCAUGCACCCCCAAGCCCCCGGCAUGUAUUCCAGCAGCUACGGGCUGGAAGCCGCCUCUUUCAACAUGCACUGUUCCCCUUUCGAGCAAAACCUCUCCAUGAUGUGUCCGGGAGACGCGUCCAAGUCCAGCUGCAACAAAAACGACCAGAGAGACGCGGACUUGCGGCACGAAAACAACUUGCGGAUAUAUCCUUGGAUGAGAAGCACAGGUGAGAGUCCUCUGAGGUGGGUGGGUGGGGAGGGGGCGAGGAAACCUGGGGGGGGGGAGAUGCUAUAAAUGAUUUUGGUGGGAGGGGAAGUUGUGUUUGGGGAUGUGCGGACGGGGGGGGGAGGAAAGAGGACGGUGCUGAGCUCUCCUUUUAUGACGUUUGCCUCCAAAGGAAUGAAUCUCUCUCUUCUCCUCUCUCUUUCUCUCUGAGACCCCCCUCAAGGAAGCAACCCUUUCAUACAUACAUACAUACACAAACAAACAAAUAAGCAGCUUAAAUAUUUAUUAGCUCGGCUGCUCCUGCUGCGGGCUUCCUCUACGCAAAGGAAGAUAGUGUGUUGGGAUUACAGAGCUGUACGAUAAUAAUAAAAAAGUGGGGAGAGAGGAAAGGAAACCCACCCUUCAAGUCUCUCCCUCCCCGCGCCAUAUAUGCAUAUGUUUAUUUAUUCCUCAACGGUUCCAAAGAAAGGAAACUUGGGAAUAAGUUUCCAUGGAAUACGGCUCAGGGCGUUGUGGUGGGUGUCGUUUGGUUUUGCUGGGGGUGGCUGUAUACAACGUUAGCCCUUACUUUCAGUAGACCCAUUGGAAUGAACGGGCCUGUCUGUGUUCGUCUCGUCCAUUCAUUUCAGUGGGUCUCUCCUGAAUAGGACGGACGUUGGACACGACCCCAGGAAGAAGAAGAAGAAAGACGCAAGGAGGGAGGCAGGAAUCGAGUAGGGGCCGGGCAACACAGAGGAGUGUGCGGUUGUUGUCGUCGUUCCGCGAUAUUAAGAGUUUCGCUUAAUUUGCUCAAGCACCGCUGCUAAGUCGACAUUCCUUCGGAACUGGAGUUGCCAGCAAACAUGUCGCCCGUCUCUUCCUCUCGCUCUUCAUCAGAACCUGCGGGGGCCCCCGGGGAAUUAAAUGACUUGUUCUGGAAGAGGAAAUCGGAAGGGAAUGGAGUGAUCAAAGGAGAAAGCGGAGGGGCGGGGGCGUACAGUAUAUCUCCCCUCCUCAAAUUUGCUUGUGGCACUUAGGAGCAGAAGCGUGGAAAAAAAGCUGCAGUCCUAUAUACCCAACUGACUUGGUAGUAAGUCUUACUGAACUCACGGAGACUUACUUCUGGGUAGGGGUGUACUGGGCUGCACUGUAAGUGGCUGGUUUACAUUUGUGACUCUGGUAGGGCGCCAAAGGUUUCUGUAGCAGGAGGACAAAUACCUCGGGCUUGUUACAUCUAGCUUCCCCCCCUCCCACCAACCCCAAUUGUGUGUGAAUCAUUGACAAGAACCAACCCUGUAAUCAAUCUGUCUGUCUUUCUCUCUGUCUGCUCUUGGCAUUAUUCUUAAAGCCAACGUGGGACAUUUGUUUUCCCUCUAAAUUUGCCAAGGCACCUUACGAAACAGAGAGGGGAGGGGGUGAACCCACCGCAAAAUGGUGUUUGAUGCACAAACCUGCUUACUCAUAUUAGAUGCCCAUAAGCCUAUUGAAUGAUGCCAAUGCCCAUCUUAUUACGAGAGCGACAGAGGGGCCAGAUAAACAGCCCCUGUUUUCUUGGUUGCUAAGGCUUAGGUGAUGCCUACCUCCACAACCAGCGCUAAUUGACACCAAAUCCUGCAACGGGACCAGUAGAAAUGAACAUCUUAAUAGGACCAGCCACAAUCAGCUUUGCUGGAUGAAGGUUUUCGAGUUGCACAGAACGCUUCUUCAGGCUUGAUGUUCCAGGGGAAAUUAAUCAGAAAUGGAGAAAUGCAGUGUUAAGUUUCACUUAAGCCUGUAGACUCUUGGGUCUUAAGUUACCCAGGAAAAUCAGGAGGUGGGUAGAAGGGGUAAAACAUCGGAAGAUGGGGCUAUUGAGCUACCCCCCACCUGAUGUGAAAGGGAUUACAGGUGUAGGAAAGACUUCUGCUGGCCUUCUAGCAACUGAGCAAAUUGUAAUGUUUUCAUUUUGUUACCAGCGUUGGUAUUAACAGGAUGCCCGUGCCCACUGUCGUUCUUGCUAGCGAGUUCCGCGUUUGCUCUUUCUCCAAGGCUGACCACAAGCGCUUUUAGGUAGCUGGGAAAUGUGGGGAGAGACUUCUGGAAAACCUUCGCAACACUUCCCCGUCCUCCGGACAAGCUGAGAGCAAAGGUGUUGUGGUACGACUAAUAGUAUAGAAAAAAAGGGCAAUGUGAGGGAGGGCGCAGGGCAAUGAAGAGUAUUUUGCCAGUGGCCAGUUGCAAAAUCCUUUAUUAUUAUUUAAUUGCAUGGCAACACACACAAAUAGGUAGAAGAUGAACAGGUAGAACUAUAUCUGCUGCAAAAUGUAGGGCAGUUAGGUUAGGAGCCCUGGGUAGUGGAAAUUACUGAAGGAACUCUACCAACCCUUCCUCUCGCCCACCCCGUCCACAUCCCCUGCGAUUUGCCAGGCAAGUCCUCUGAUACAGUAGUGUGAUAAAGGAGUUAUCUUUAAAGGCACAUCGUCUGCGACGCAGCUUUUUAGUACUCUUAGGAGGGCGAGAGCAAACAUUCCAGGCCGGGACUAUAUGCAGAUUGCAGCAAAGCAGACGUGGAGGGAGGGGGGGGGGAGAAGAGUGGGAAGGAAAGAGGCACAUCAAAGCAAAGUUCUCAAAGACCUAGCCUAAUAGGUUGGUUUCUCCUCCCUUAUUACCUGAUCCAUAAACUGUGGUUUACAGAUGAUAUAUCAAAGCACAAUUUUUGUGUGUGCGCGCGGGGGUCUGGAGUGGAGUGGUGGGAGACACGGCUUAGAAUAACCCUCUCCUUUCUCCCCACUUCAUUUGAAACACAGUGGUGACGGGUUGGGGGGGUGUUUAGGGAGGAGGGGGCAGAGUGUCGUGUGGGUUGGUUAGGUGCUGAAAAGGACUCUGAAAGAUCUGAUUGCCGUCUGUAGAAGACGACGCGGUAUCGUUGCUAAGGGUGGCUUCCUUGCCAGUUCCCAGAACUUACAUAGGCCUUAGAUCCAGCUAGAGAAGGUUCUUCCCCCGCCCGCCCGCCUCCCUCUGUUCUCCACCCCCACCCCCAACCUUCCGUCUUUCUUGUCUGCUGUUGGGUUGGAUCUGGGCGAUUCAGUUGGCGAAAAGAGAAUGUGUCUUGGUUGCCCUAUUCAAGAGAAGUUUAUGGUGCUCCCUUCAACAGAUUUUACAACCCACAUUCCACAGACGUCUUAUCCCCCCUCGCCUUUUCAGUCAGGCGGACUUUUCUACGACUCUUUUCUUGAACAGAAGACUAUCGCCGCCGCCCCGCCGCCCCCUCCCUCCCCCCUCUUUUUUUUGUAAAACAGCAAACACUUCUCAAACCUCCAGAAAGUUUCAGAUGAAUGAUGUAGCCUCCUUUGGCUGGACAGAAAAAUCUAUCUGCUCAAAAGCAGGAGUAUCGAUUCGGUUACGGGAUCGUACCCACAAGCGGACUCUAAGAAAUGACAGGGAAAUUGAUUCCUGGUUUGAAUCCAGAUUCUUUGGAGGCCCGUGUAAAAUAGUUGUGGUCGGUGACAUGCACGCCUCUUCCUUUGAGGAGUUCCCAUGUCCACAUACUUUGUCCAGCUUCCGAAUUCCCUAAUGGAGGGGAGACCAAUUUUUCUAGACACUCGGAGAGAAAUAAAACACAAGUUGAAUUAGGAAGGAAGUAACAUUACCCGCGCAUUAGCAUUGCUGGCUUCCAGAAGCUUACCAGAUGUGGAGAUGUUUCCAAGGAAUUUAAACCCAUUCCAAUAUUUGCUGCGUGAUUAAGAAUUAAUCUCACACUUUUGGAGAAGGGAAAUAACGCACCUUUUGAUAAUAAUACUUUCCCCACACGCAUAAAUCUCAAGUAUGGGGGCUGGGUUUGAGGUGUGUGUGAGAUAUAUCUGGACAUUUAAAAACAUCGGGUUUUGCUUGGGCAAAAUGUGAAGCAGUAACAAACGUCCUAAAUUACGCUUGAAGUCCUAGGCAUCAUUUACCCGAGAAGAGGACCCAUUACACUAAAUGAGACUUACUUCCGAGUAAACAGGGGACAAGCUCAGUCUUCGCUGCUGAUAUAUCUUGAGAAUGUAGAACUGCAAACCUAAAAGGCUACAAUAAAGCCUUUGGGAGGAGGCAUUCUGGUAAUAUCCAUUAUACUUCACGUUACUCUUCCUUUUAUUUCGAGAAUAAUCGCUUGCUAGUCCGCACAGGCAAAAAAUAACUUAUUCUUGAGGUGCCAUCCUGUGCGCAAUCCUAUGCAUGCCUACUCAGAGUUAAACCUCAUUGAGUUCAGUGCGACUUACUUUCAGGUAAGCCUGCAUAGGAGAUCGCAGCCUACAGACUAAGGUAGCAAGCCUAACCUUGUCCUGUUGAAUUUAAAGCGGCUUGCUUCAAGGUGAUUGGAGUUAGGAACAAAUUUAACGCGGACAAUCUUUUGUGGAUUAUGAUACAGUACAUUCCUUCCUGAGUUAAACUCUAAAUCCAACCUUUAUUUUAAAACAAACAAAGAAACGCUUCUUGUUAUAACAAGGCAGACUUAAUUUAAUUCGAGUUGAUUUGACCAGUACAAGUGGGCAGUGAAUCCGGUAGGGAUAAUACAAAUUAAGAAGAGAAAAUCACAAAAGAAGCAGCGAGCGAAAGGGAACUGACGAGAUUCUCAUUUAUUGUUUCACAGGGACUGACCGGAAGAGGGGACGCCAGACCUACACCAGGUAUCAGACGCUGGAGCUGGAGAAGGAAUUCCACUACAACCGUUACUUGACCAGAAGGCGACGCAUCGAGAUAGCCCACGCUUUAUGUCUUACAGAAAGACAGAUCAAAAUCUGGUUCCAGAACAGGCGCAUGAAGUGGAAAAAGGAAAACAAACCCGCAGGCCCCGGAUCAAACGUCCCAGAAAAACCAGAUGCUGAAGAAGAUGAAGAAGAGUGAAGGGGGAAGAAGGCGGGGGAGAGGGGAGAGAGUGAGAGUGAAAGAGAGAAAGAAAAAGAGAGCGCGAGUGAGUGAGAGAGAGAGAGAGAGAGAGAUGUUGGUGAGAAGAAGCUUCAGCAAAAACUGAACUGUACUGUCCAGAAAAAUAAAAGGAAGAAACGGAAUUUUAAAAAGUGAACCAAUAAAGACUGUACAUUAAACAAGAAACGAAAACAUCUAAGCAAAACUGAAAACAAAAACAAAAAAAUAUGAAUGGUCUAUUCUGUUUCUCGACACUUGGAAAACUACCUAUAUUAACAUUUCUCUGCUUUGUUUUUUGUACAACAAAAAUGAAUAAUAAAUCUACCUAUUAAAUGUCUCUUUAGAAGCAAAUAUAGAUAAUGUUUUGUUCCCCUGUGUGGGUAUUCAUAUAGUCCCAAGUAUUUGUAAAUCUUCCUGUUUAAAGAAAAGGGAGGGUCUUUUUCCCCCUUCCCUAAUGUAACUUUUUUUUUUAUUAAGAAAAUGGUAUAUGAAGUGAAAAUGUGGACGUGGUUAGCACUUUUUCUUAGAAAAACGUAUGAAGGGAACACAACGCUUAACAUUAAGACGACUGUUGUACAUAAUUCUAAGAGAUUUCCCCCUUUUUAUUCUCCCCUCUCCUCUUCGUAGAUUUGUGCCUCUACGUCUGGUUACCGGUGCUGUAUUUUUAUUUUUCCUUAUAUUUUCCUUUUGCUUGUUUAUUUUUUUUAAUUAUUUUUUGGUUGGUGUAUAUUUUUACAUGUUGGACAAUGGACCACUUCCUUAUUGCCGUUACUAGAGGAUCUGAAAAUUAAUAUUGUGCUGAGUAAAACUGAUGUAUAUGAUAGGUAGCAAAUAAUUUUAAUAGUUGGCCAAGCCUUUUUAUUCGUAUUAUGUGAUUACUAUGCGUAGAGAGAGGGAAAAGAAUCAUUAAAAAAGAAAAUAACCUUACUGAAUAGA